AUGGAUUCGCACUCACAGGACUUCCAGAGCCCUUCGUUCUUUUCGGACGAUUCGCUGCUCGGCGCACCUCCGGCGAGAGGUGCCCUUACUCCAACGAAAACAGACCGAGGAAACAAGACCACGGCGCUCGACCAGAUUCACAAUGCGGCUUACCAGACCGAUUCGUUGACACUGUUCAACGAUUUUACCACUCCUCCGGCGUCACUCCCCGUUUCAGACAAUCCGCUUGUCUCGGAUGAUCUACAUGGGGGCUUCAGUGGGCUCUAUAGCCGACUGAGGACAUCAGUUGGGGGGAUGCGAGAUAUUGUCAGUGGUGGAACAAAGUCUACGUCUCACAAUGCGGGGGAGGGCUCUGCGGUCAAAAGUCCAACGUCAGAGCGUUCAAUGUCCAAGUCAAUAUCGGAUCUCACCAUCGGCUCGGCCGAGAGCCAGUCCUCGUAUCCGAAUUCUUCCCAGGGCUCGAGAGUGCACUCUCCGCUGGUCCCUGCUUUCCAUGCUGUAGCAGAACCUUCUCCGCACUCCAACAUGAUCAAAGGCGUCAAAAACCCCACGAAACCCUUGAGCAUUUCCUCCAAAUCCUCCGCGCCUCCUGGUCUUGGGUUGAAACCCAGCCUUGCUCCCUUACAAAAGUCCCCUGGCAGCGUUUUUGCGGUGGACCCUGCCAUUACACAAAUCAACGUGAACGCCGUGGGACAAUCCCGUCAUUCGCGCAGUAGCUCACUCAAUGUGCCAGCUCGCAACUUCCACCAUGCCGCGCCAGGCACCAUUGGUGUUCAAGAUCCGAACCAGGACCUAACUCUCAGCCAGGCUUCAUCGGUCAACACCCAGAGUUCCACACAAUCACCUGUGAUGACAACUUCAACGAACGGAAUAGGAGGUAACGAGAAGGAGGGAUCUGGCUUGCUUGAAAGCAACGACGUGGUGUUCUCAACAAAUCAAGUGAUGGAAAGCAAACCCCGGAAAUCCUCGACUGCCGACCAGUCCAAAGCUUCCAGUCGCUCUUCUGUGUCAACAACCACUGGGGUCUUCAAGACUUCGGAUCACACUUCGGACACCAAAUCGCAAAUCCAGGGAAGUAUGUCGCAUGUGGACUUGACUGGUGAAUGCGAUGAAUCCUCAUCACUGGCACCACAGCAACGAAAUAGCACCUCGAAAGUCCCUUCUCCAGACGAGGGCUCAUCCGCCAAUGGUCUUCUCCAAGACAGUACGAGAUCGAACUCACGAGCUGAAUCCGCCAUCAACGCCCCGGCAACAGCUUCUCUCGAUUCAGCGUCAGCUGCUUUCUCCGGGAAACCGUUGCCGCUGCCCGCUAAAACGCGAUCACCACACCCAGUCUUGUCGCGAGUCUCUACCGGAGGAAGUAAUAAUACCGUCUGUUCCUUGCCACCACUCAAUACAGCAGUGACUCGACCCCCAGUUAAGCAAGCCAGAGCCAAGCGUCAGCAGGCCACUGGCGAUGGUGUCCUCUCCCAGUUGAGGAGUAGGUUACUGAGCCGAGAUUUCUGGAUGCGCGAUGAAAAUGCGAGGGACUGCUUUCACUGUGGAGAAACUUUUACUACCUUUCGCAGAAAACAUCAUUGUCGCACCUGUGGUCAGAUAUUCGACUCUAAAUGCACCCUCCUGGUACCAGGAACGAAAUUCGGUCAACCGGGGACUAUACGUGUCUGCAAACCCUGCGAAGCAAUGAUAAAUGCUCAUGAAGAUGAUUCUUCUGAGUAUUCCGAUAGUGAACAAAGUCCGAUCAUCGUCACUCCUCGAUUUUCUGACAUUGGUUGGGGUGGCCUCGGCACUCGAUCCACGGGUGAUGAUGACGAUGCGUCGUCCGUAAAGUCUCAGACGAUCGACCAAAUGCUCAAGACACCGACGAUGGCUAUUCCCGCGACUCGCCGCGCUGGUGAGGGUCAUAACAGCCGCUCAGCAGUACUUGAAAUUAAUUCCGACCGUCCCCUGACUCGACCAACCUCGUCUCGAUCACUGCGCUCCUCACUUGGAGUUCGACCUCAUUCAAUAGGUCACAAACGACACCACUCUCGGCAGCAGUAUAUUCGAAGUUUCAAACCAUCCCACGAGGAGCGCGCGCCCUUCCAAAGACGCCAUCAAGAAGACCUUGGCAUAGAAUCUCGGCUCCCAGCCUUCCACAGAGACAACAUCAUUGAUCCUGAUCUUGCGCAAUAUUUGUCAGACGAUGCGUCGAGUGGCGAUGAACAGCCUAGCAUAAUAUCAGCCGUGUCCGAAGGCAAUCUUUCCAAAGGUGGAGGUGACCAAGACAAAGGCGUAGGUCUUGGUGGAUUCAUUGCAGCCAUGAAGAAGGGUCGUUCUGCUUUUGGUGAAAAAAGUGCCCCCAGCGUGAACCAUUCGGGCCGGGAGGCGGAUGACGCGAGUAUUACCAGCUCGAAAGCUGUCAAUUUACCGCGUUCGUCACGUCGUCGAAACUUGAGCGUUGCCAGCAGCAUUCACGCACGACAUUCUCCGCGGACUUCGAAAGAAACAGUAUUUCCUCCCGAUACUGGAUUUCCUGCAACUUCGCUGGUCUCUGGGCUCAAGCACCCAGGCUUCAAAAUGACCCGAAGCUCGUCAAUGAGAAGAGCGGGAACACCGCCCACUGAGCUCAACAAGGCCAGUCGUGAACAUGUGAAGAUGCUUUUGCGGCAGCUACUUCAGGACGCUUCAUUACCGAGCAUGAAGAGCUGGGAAAAGGCUCUCACGCCGAUUUUACUCAAAGCCGCAGUGGAGGUUGAUCCAGAUGUUCAGCGGGGAGAUGACAUGGAUAUCCGACAUUACAUCAAAUUAAAGAAAAUCCCAGGAGGUAAGCCUGGAGAUACAUCUUACGUGUCAGGUCUCGUCUUCACCAAGAACUUGGCCUUGAAGAGUAUGCCAAGACAUAUCACUCGUCCCAAUAUCUUGAUCAUCACUUUUCCCCUCGAAUACGCGCGCCAGCAACAACAAUUUAUGAGUCUAGAGCCUGUCAUCCGCCAGGAACGGGAAUUCUUGGAGAAUCUGGUCAGUCGAAUAGCCGCGUUGCAUCCUAACCUGUUGUUGGUCGGAACAAACGUGUCAGGUCUAGCGCUUGCUCUUCUUGAGCAAGCAGGGAUCGCAACAGCCUACAAUGUGAAACCAUCUGUCCUCGAGGCAGUAUCCCGAUGCACCCAAACGAGAAUUGUCACGUCCAUGGACAAACUCUUAACAACUGAGCUUCGGAGUGAUUGCAGCAGUUUUGAUGUCAGAACGUAUGUCCACAAUGGUCGAAAGAAGACAUACAUGUAUAUCUCCGGUUGCCCCAAAGAGCUAGGUUGCACAAUCGUUCUGCGAGGUGGCGAUGCAGAAGUGCUGGGGAAGGUGAAGCAAAUCACCGAAUUUAUGGUGUAUGUCGUGUACAACCUUCGGCUCGAAACCUGCCUCAUGCGAGACGAAUUUGCAAAAAUACCGGCGCAGACAACGACUCCGGAAACCGACGCAAAUGGAUCUGUCUGCACUGAACAGCCAAGUAGUGAUCAUGGCGGCAUUUCAUGCCAAGCUGACGGCCAAGAGUCUGAUCUUGCUCAAGAGAAGCAUUCUGAACGCCAAGAAAAGCAGCUACCUGUAUUGACGGAGACUAUUGAUGUUCCAGACGACGUUCCGAUGCCAACCUACCAUAAUGAUUUGGUGCACGAUCAUCAGACCAAGAUUCUCUCCGCCUCGCCGUUCGUGAAGUUCGAGCCUCCCUACCUCCUUAUGCGAACAAGAGAAAUGGAAAGGCGUUUGGAGUAUCUCAAGCGCCUUCGUGAUCAGGUCCACAUACCUGAGCAAGACCCAGAAGUACAAAGCAAAGCCCAAAAAUUCGUCCUCGUCACGCCCCAAAUGGUGCAAGCGUCCCCUCACGAUGCUUCACCUAAGGUCAAGGAGGUUCUUCGUGCAGCGCAUGAUGCUGAAUAUGAUCGCGCCGUCUACCACUAUCAGACACAAAAGAGGCAAUGGGAAGCAUAUGUGACAGGCAAUUCCAACCUGUUCGAUCCGUAUGCUCAUCAGAACAUCGUGGUGCUUUUCAGCCUAGUAUGUACGUCAACUUCCGUACCUUGCUCAGGUCCCGAUACUUUCGCACUUGAAUUCUACAAUGAGCAUGGCGACGACACAACGUUUGAACCAGACUGUACAGUUGGGCAGUUUGUCGAGGAUCUCUGUCACACGGCAAACGCAGUUUGCAAUGUGAAUGGGUGCGAAAAGCGAAUGUUUGAACAUCACCGCCAAUAUGUUCAUGGGGAUGCUCAGCUUAGCAUUCUCGUGCAACCAUAUCCAUCGAAACUUCGGGGUAUGCAAGAAACCAUCCUGAUGUGGAGUGUUUGCAAAAUUUGCGGCAAUGAGACCCAAGUCAUACCAAUGUCUGAGCAUACAUGGAAAUACUCGUUUGGGAAAUACUUGGAGGUCUCUUUUUGGGGGCGAAAUAUGCACGCGCGCGCCGGAGUUUGUCCUCACGAUCUCCAAAGAGAUCAUCUACGCUAUUUUGGGUUCAAAGACAUCGCCAUCCGAGUCCAGUAUGACCCGAUUCAUCUACUGGAGAUUGUUGUCCCACGUCCCCGCGUCACCUGGAAAGUGGACAAUGACUUGAAGCUGAGGAAUCAAGUAUACAUGGACACCUCAGAACGGUUGAGCAAAUUCGUGAGAUCUGUGCAAAUUCGCUUGAACGGGAUCAAUGUCCAAAGCGUCUUGCCUGAGCUAAUGGAGGAAUGCACAGCAAAAAUUGAAAGUCUUCAUCAGAAAGCGCAGGAUGACAAUUUUCUCCUGAAGGACUGCUUACAAGAGAAGUACAUGAACUCUCGAUAUUGGGAGGUCAUACCGCUCAAUGAGGUUUUACGCGCGAUUCAGGAGAAAGUUGUUGAGUGGGACAUCAUUUUCGCCGAAUUUGAAAGGAGCUAUUUUCCAUCUGAGAAAGAUAUCAAAAGACUAGCAACAUUACAGCUGAAAAAGAUCUUCUUGGACAAGGAUGCAACAUCGAUGACCACGGAAGAUGGUACACAAACACCGGCCGAGACUGAAGACGAUACCAACGCCGUUGAUGAAAAAAAGCCGCGGAUGAUGAGGCGAAUGACCCUGUCGCCAGAGAAGGCUCAGAACGUGCUCGUCUCCGUUGUUGAAGAGCAUACAGGCAAAAAGCAACGGGGUAAUCUACCUGACACCCACAAUCUGAAUUCGUUGCCCCGAGAAAGUGACGAAUCCGUGCUCGAAGCCGACACUGCCGAUCAAAUGGCCUCAUCGCCACGCGACAGGGCCGUCGUGCAAGAAGAAUUCCAACACCUUGACUUGGCGGUAUCACCCGGUCAGUCGGUGCGACCAAUGGAUGGCUCGAUUCCUUCCGCCGAGCUCACUCGGCGUAAAGCAGACGACACGCCAUCUCCUGCUGAAGGCAGCCUGCGCACCAACUCCAACAGUGACAAUUCAACCGCCCCUCAUCCAGAGUCUACGGCCAGCACGAGUGAACAAAUGGAUGAGCAACGCGUGUUUGAUCCUUCGAGCACACCACCGAGUCGACCAUCAGCCAUCCCGAGGCUUGCUGAGGGGGUUUUCAGGCGGACUGGGAAAGCACGGUCGCCUCCUUUACUUCGAGCACAUUCUCAGCCAGCCCAUCUCCUGCGAGAGAAGUCUUUCGGCGCAAGACUGAGCCAGACCAAUUCGAACGAGUCCAACGGCUCGCGUAGUGAUUCUAAUAAGUCAUCAGAUAAGAAGUUCACUGAUCGACUGGCGCUUACAGUCCUCAAGAAUGGACGUUUCGCACCCGGCCAGUCAUUGAUUCCUCGGUCAACUCCGAAGCGAGGAAGUACAAGAGUCUCUAAUCUUGCCAAGCAUUUCGAGCAAUUGACCCGGGAGUUCGAGAAGGAGCGCCAGCGUGAAAGAACUCAGAGGGCAGCGCGUGGCUCUUACUCGCGUGUGUUUCCGCGUGCUUCUUCCAAGCCCAUAGUUGAGGUUUAUAGAAAUGUGAAAGAAGCGGUCGAAGAACGCGAACCCCAUGUCGAUGUUGACUCCCAGCAGCAAUCGGUCGCACCGCCAAGAACUUCCGACGAAGUGGGCCACCAAAGCAGUCAAUCAGCAGGCGAUCCUACUUCAGAGCUUCUUACUAGGUCUCCUGGUCAGGUGUCCUUCGCCGAGGCAUCCGAAGCGAGGGGUAUCCCAAACUCUGAGACCCAGCCCACAUCUGAUGGCGAGCAUGAUGACGGGCGAAGUGACGAAGAACAUAUCAGCAAUGAAGAUCUCCAUCGCAUGGAUUCUCAGGAAGAAUCCAAGACGAUACACGAUGACGAGUCAAUGGAUUUCAAGGAGCUUCCGAAACACGAAAGAACUACGCUGCUGAAAAUGUUGACGAAUUUCUGGUCAGAACGAUCUGCCAGUGGAUGGACAGCACUUGAAUACCCCCUCAGCGCUGGCGACCAUGUCUUUUCUGAUUGUAACAUCAUCGUGCGCGAGGACGAACCGAGUUCACUUAUUGCCUUUGCGUUGGACUCAUCUGACUACAAGGACAAGCUCGCUAGCAUUCAGGAGCGACACGAUAAGCCGGACAGUCAACAAUCGGAGCCACCAAUGCACAAGGCGGACGCAUAUGAGGCGUAUUUGGAGCAUGCACUUCUGCGGCAGACAGGCACUCAUCUCAAGUAUCAGUUUCAAGAGGGCCAGGCAAAGAUGCUUUGCAAAGUCUUCUAUGCUGAACAGUUUGAGGCACUCCGCAUAAAGUGUGGAGUUUCAGAUCGUAUUGUGGAGUCACUUUCUCGUUGCCUCAAGUGGGACUCGAAAGGAGGCAAAACGAAGUCGAUCUUCCUGAAGACUUUGGAUGAUCGUUUCGUCUUGAAGUCGUUGGCGCCGGUUGAGACCCAAGCAUUUUUGAAAUUUGCCCCCGCAUACUUCCAGAUCAUGUCUGAAGCACUGUUCCACGACCUCCCGUCCGCUAUUGCCAAGAUGUUUGGCUUCUAUCAGAUCAUCAUCAAGAAUCCAGCAACUGGUGUUGAACAGAAUUGCUUCUUACUUCUGAUGGAGAAUCUGUUCUACGAUCGUGCGCCGAACCGCUUAUUCGACUUGAAAGGAUCCAUGCGCAAUCGCAAAGUGGAAAGCACUGGCGAGCAGGAUGAGGUUCUGCUCGAUGAAAACAUGGUGGAUUUCAUUUACGAGACACCAUUGUUCGCUCGUGAGCACUCCAAGAAGCUUCUCAGCCAAAGUGUCUGGAACGAUACUCUAUUCCUUGGCCGGCAAAAUGUCAUGGACUACUCAUUGAUGAUCGCCAUCGACGAAAAGCGCAGUGAGUUGGUAGUCGGCAUCAUUGAUUGCAUCCGGACGUACACCUGGGACAAGAAGCUCGAGUCUUGGAUUAAAGAUCGAGGGUUUGCCGGUGGUGGUCGCAAUCGUCCCACGGUGACUAGUCCAAGGGAAUACAAAAGUCGAUUCAGGGAGGCUAUGGCGAGAUAUGUCCUCCAGGCACCCAGUUGCUGGCACCAAUUCCAAUCCAGUACUAUGUACCGACAUUCGCAAGCAGAUAGCUCCUUCCACGGGCCACAUGACCCCGAUGCAUCUGAUGGACCUGAACCACGUGGUUCUCAGUGA